UUCCUCAGCAUCAUCCCCCACAUCAUGCGUGCAGAGGGUGACAGCGUGCGCCGUCUCCAGAAGCGCCCUGCGCGCGCGGACGGCGACCACGCGCGCCUGCUGCAGGAGUCCUAAGUUCUCGUCCGUGGGGGUCCUCGCACCCCAACGCCGCGGCAGGGCGUGCGGCGCUUGUGACAACGGGCUUCCCUCCUCCUCCUCCUCCUCCUCCUGUCACCUUCAUGGGAGCCCCGGUGGGGCGCGGGGAUGCCGUCCACCUCUGCGGUUGUACAUGUAUCCAUGUUGUACAUGUACAUGUAUUUAUGUUUUUGGAGCCCGCCGUGUGUUUUUGCUCCUCGUGAGGUCGGUCGGCGCGGUUCAGAGGCGGCGCUGGAAGCGGAUGUACGAGGUUGCGUGGCGGCCGAGUCUUUUUUUGGCUGCGGUUCGCGACUCGCUUUGCCGAGCGAAGGUUGGUCGCACGUGCCAGUGUGGCCAAGGUGACCUUGGAAAGGGUGUAGGGGACAUGUCUGACUGUGACCCCUGCAGUGUUGCUAAGGGGAAUAGGUCGGAGAUUAGCAGCGGGCAGGAGCCCCAGGAAAGCCAAAGGCAGCUGAAGAUCGGGAGCCGGGAAAGCUUCGCCCGGCUACGUCGGUAGCAUAAGCAAUAAGGUGUAAGGUUAACUCUGCCUGUAAAUCUGUACAGGCCCGAAUCCUGCAAGCUGUCUGUGUUUAAAACUCUCGUACAAGUUGGAAACUUUCUGCCUAGUAGGGGCUGGUGGGUGAGUUGCUUUAUUGGGAUGUAGAUUAAAUACAGUCAAAUCCUGGAUGAGGGAUUUAGGCUGUAAUCAUGCAGUCCUUUGCAAGAAUAAACCAUUGGGGUCAGUGGCAAGUGCCUAUGUAUUUGCAGGACUUUGGAGUUGAAAUAUAAUUUCUCUGAGAUGACAGACGUGAGGGGUAGCAUUGACUUGAUCCUGUGUAAUUUGGGCUUUUCAAUAAACUGAUUUACUAUGGAUCAUAGUUCACAUUGUAGUGAAUACUAGUGGUUGAUUAAAUGUAAAAACAACCCCUCACAUCUCAGUGCUUUUUUGUUGUAAUGAUUUUGACUUAUGUGCUUAUUUGCCUUUAAUGGAGCAGCAUUCGUGGACUUUAUCCUGCUAAUAUCUGAAAUAUUUCAGUUUACAAGAAUGUCCUUAGUGUUUCAUAGAUAUUUCAUAGACGUUAGGGCUGGAAGGGACCUCGGGGGCAGGAAGUCAGCUGGGGUCAGAGGAUCCCAGCAAGAUAAAUGUCCAAAUGUAGAUUUGUUCUGUGUGCAGCUUGAGCUUGUCGGAUUGCAAUAGUUAUUGCAUGGCAAUAAUUCGGUUUGUUUGCAUAGCGUCCCUUGCCCCAAGGAAUUUAAAAUCUGGUUUAGAUGCUACCUAGGACAGACACAUGGUAUGCUCUGGAUGACAUUGCAGAGAAGAGCAUUGCUGGCAGGUUUUAUGGGAGGAAGGUGUCUACCAGGGAGACUUGAUAAAAGGGAGCAAGGUCCUGCUUUGCAAAAGGAUAAGUACCUGGAAGUGUAAAGGCCUUGUGAUUUUGAAGGAUUCAAAGGCAGCUGGGAAGAGGACGGCUUGAGAAGCACAGAGGGAGCAUAAGAGUAAGUAAGGGGAGGAUGAGAGCAAAAGUACAGACAAGUGGAUAACGCGUCUCCUGUAUGGACACCAGCCAAAUAUUGUCAGUUUACUGUUCUGGCUAACUGCUGAUUUUUUACAAGCAGAGUGCAGAGUCCAGCUGGAACGUCUGAAUUAGACAGGAUGCCAGGUUAUUUGGGAAUGAGGAGAGCGGUUAAUUAUUCUUCACUAUAAAUAUGCCUUUUGCCUUGUAGCCCAUGGUUCUAAAUUUAACUCUUUUGUCAUGGAUGAGGCGGCUCUGUCCCUGGGAACAAUAGAUGUUUCCUAUUUGUCCACUUCAACAGAAUACAGUGUGGGGAGAUGUAAGCACCCCAGUGAAGAGUGGGGAGAGUGCAAUUCCAGGCCUACCGUCUUUCGAUCUGCCACUUUAAAAUGGAAGGAGACCCUGCUAAGCAGAAAAAGGCCAUUUGUGGGGCGCUGUUGCUAUGUGUGCACUCCUCAAAGCCGGGAUAAGCUCUUCAAUGCUAGUAUUCCUUCUUUGGGCUUACGCAAUGUCAUAUACAUCAAUGAAACACACACAAGGUACAGAGGGUGGCUCGCAAGACGUCUCUGUUACGUUCUCUUUGUGCAAGAACGUGAUGUGCAUAAGGGUAUGUUUGCCAAGAAUCUGACGGAAAAUGUGUUAAACAGUGGCAGAGUGCAGAAGGCCAUUGUAGAGGAGGCUACUGAAACAAGUACAUCAGGGAGCUUCGCUCAGGUGGACCCCAAGGCCAUCAGCAAGGUGAAGAAGAAAGCAAGGAAGAUUCUGCAAGAAAUGGUAGCAACUGUCUCACCUGCUUUGAUCAGGUUGACUGGUUGGGUGCUGCUGAAAUUAUUUAACAGCUUCUUUUGGAACGUUCAGAUCCACAAAGGUCAACUGGAAAUGGUCAAAGCCGCAACUGAGAUGAAUUUACCUCUCAUCUUCUUGCCUGUUCACAAAUCUCACAUUGACUACCUGCUCCUCACAUUCAUUCUUUUCUGCCAUAACAUCAAAGCACCAUACAUUGCUGCAGGGAAUAACCUCAGUAUCCCUAUCUUCAGCACGUUAAUCCGCAACCUUGGAGGCUUUUUUAUUCGGCGGAAGUUGGAUGAGAACACUAAUGGACGUAAAGAUGCCCUAUAUAGAGCAUUACUCUAUGUGCACAUUGAGGAAUUGCUCAGACAGCAGCAGUUCCUAGAGAUAUUCCUGGAAGGUACACGGUCUCGCAGUGGAAAAACAUCCAAUGCCAGAGCAGGUCUCCUGUCUGUGGUUGUAGAUGCUCUUUUUGCAAAUGCCACCCCUGAUGUACUAAUUAUACCUGUGGGAAUUUCGUAUGAUCGCAUCAUUGAAGGUCACUAUAACAGUGAACAGCUGGGCAAACCUAAGAAGAAUGAAAGCCUUUGGAGUAUAGCUAGAGGGGUUUUCAGAAUGCUGCGGAAGAAUUAUGGGUGUGUCAGAGUAGACUUUGCACAGCCAUUUUCUCUAAAAGAAUUUGUAGACAGCCAACAUCAGAAACCUGCACCUGCUUCACUUUCUUUGGAACAAGCUCUAUUACCAGCUCUACUUCCAUCAAGGCCUAAUGAUGUUGAGGAAGAAGGUACAGAGGCUGCACUGCCAAACUCCAGGGACAUAAGUAAUGAACAUUUUAGAAGACAGUUGAUAGCCAAUUUGGCUGAGCAUAUAUUGUUCACUGCUAACAAGUCAUGUGCUGUGAUGUCAACGCAUAUAGUUGCCUGUUUGCUGCUCUACCGACAUAGGCAGGGAAUUGAUCUGUCCAAGUUGGUGGAAGACUUCUUCUCCAUGAAGGAAGAGGUCCUGGCCCGUGACUUUGACUUGGGAUUUUCCGGGAAUUCUGAGGAUGUUGUCAUGCAUGCUAUCCACCUGCUGGGGAACUGUGUCACUAUCACGAAUACCAGCCGAAACAAUGAGUUCUUCAUCACUCCCAGCACAACUAUCCCUGCUGUCUUUGAGCUCAACUUCUACAGCAAUGGAGUACUCCACGUCUUCAUUAAUGAAGCCAUUAUUGCCUGCAGUCUUCACGCAGUACAAAGUAAAAGGCUUCGAAAUGGAAUCAAUGGUACUUCUCCCAACAUGAUUAGCCAAGAACAACUGAUCCGCAAAGCUGCCAGCUUGUGUUACUUGCUUUCCAAUGAAGGCCCUGUCUCUCUGCCCUGCCAGAUGUUAUAUCAAGUUUGCCAUGAGGUAGUCGAAAGGUUUAUACAGUAUGGAAUUCUUUUGGUGGCUGAGCAGGAUGAUCAGGAGGAUCUUAGCCCAAGUCUUACAGAGCAGCAAUGGGAUAAAAAACUUCCUGAACCUUUGUCUUGGAGGAGUGAUGAGGAGGAUGAAGAUAGUGACUUCGGAGAAGAACAAAGGGACUGUUAUCUCAAGGUGAGCCAGUCUCAGGAACACCAGCAGUACAUCACCUUCCUGCAAAGGCUGUUGGGGCCUUUAUUGGAGGCGUACAGCUCUGCUGCUGCCUUUAUCCACAGCUUUAGCGGCCCCGUAUCAGAAAGGGAGUAUCUACAAAAGCUACACAAAUACUUAAUAAGCAGGACAGAGAAAAAUGUUGCGAUGUAUGCUGAGAGUGCUACCUAUUGCCUUGUGAAAAAUGCUGUGAAAGUCUUCAAGGAUAUGGGGGUUUUCAAGGAGACCAGACAAAGGAGGGAGACUAUUUUGGAACUGAGCAGUACUUUCCUACCUCAGCACAACCGACAAAAGCUGCUGGAAUUCAUUUUGAGCUUUGUUGUACUGUAAACCACAUUUAGUAUCUUUUGCUAGUGAAGUGGAAACAGGUUUGGAGACUGUUGCAGAGCCUGAGGGCAUUCAGAGUGUAAGGUGCGACUGGUUUGGUAAGGCCUUAUCUGACUUGAAUCACUGGAAGACAAGUGCCUUCUUAGAUGUGUGGAUUUCUUACAGUCCCAAUCCAGUUAUAAUUCAGUUACGCACAGAUGACACUUUGGAUACAAGUGAUUAACCAUGUUUGCAAAAAAUAAAAAUAAAAAAAAUAUCAGACUAAAGCUAGAAAACUGGAAUUUUAUCAGUGUUACAUUUUGCAUAACUACUUUUAAAAAUUGACUGUGACAGAUGCACAAAUGCAGAUAAUUGUGAUCUAACCCUGAGAACUUGAGUUUAGUGGAAACGCUGCUUCUGACAUCAUCAAGUAAUCCCCAUUUCAGCCCAGUUUAUUGUUUAAAGUAAAUGGUUUAUAAAGAUUUGCAUAGUCCAUGUAUACUCUGUGGGGAAAAAGCCAUAGUUUUUCAUAAAUGUUAGAAUGUAACAUAAAUGCCAAAAUCCUAAUGAGAAUAACAGGUAUGGACACUUGAGAAUAAUAGUCAGUUGAAUAGCAGAUGAUUGUAAAAUGAUCUGUUACUGGACACACACUAGCACUAUUCAGUCUGCAUAGUGCAAUAGUAAAUUGCAUUAAUCUCUGUUAUCAUGAUAGAACAGAGUAGUAGCAUUUUUUAUCAUGGGUUGUUGUUCUAACCUUUGAUAGAAAUAAGAAAAUAAUUUUCCUAAAACAUGAAUGUAUUCUAACCAUUUAGAUUUUGUAUUUACUACAAAAAGAUAAGAAGACAUUGAUGUUUUUAGAUAAUACUGUGACAGAUUUUAUGUUUUUGAAUUAGAGUAUUUUAAGAGUGAGAGAUGAACUAUCAGGUUCUUAGUGCGUAUUACUUACUGGAUGGCAUUGUAUUGUGUGAAGGUCUUUUCAUUUUGACUGUAAAAAAAUCAGCAAUAACAUGGCAAUCUUGCAGAAUUGAAUUCUCCAACCCCUGUUAAACUCCAGAAGAGCAUAUUCCCAUGCUGCCUUUUGCUGCUGAGCCGAUUUAGCUUGUGAUGCACUGGCAACCUUUGCUAAAACACGCAUUUUUUGAUGGUGACCCAGUUUGGGCUUUGAAAUGUUCAUUAAGGGGUUCUGUCUUUUAACACAAGAACACCCUGGUCUUGCAGCCUGCUGUUUGAGCAGAGGUUCAUUCGCAUCCAGAGCCCUUGUGGGCAUCAGUUUUAACUCUAUGCUGGCACAUAUCAGAUUGCAAGCUGCGAUCUUGCACUUUCGCUCACUCGAUACGAGUUGAAGCAAUAAGUCUGAGAGGCACAAAGCCAGUUUGCUUGUGAAAUGUGUGUUUCCUCAUUUGAUUUUUCUGGCUCCUGAGAGAAAUCAAACAUUUCUGCCCCAGUAAUGUUUCAUGUGAUUGUUCCAUCUCAUCCUUGCAGGUAAAACAAACACUACAGUUAUGAAAAUCCAUGUUGUUUAAUUUAAUGUUGGAAGAGACUACCUGAAUGACAGGCUUUGCACAGUCACUGCUAUAUGCAAUUUGAGUCUGCAUUCAGAGUAGAUUGUGUUUAACUGUACAUUUAUUAACAAAAAUAUUUCUGUGAAUUGACUGGUUAAAUGCUAUUAACAGUUGAAAGUUGCAGUGUAUGGUUUGUUAGCAGCAUCACUUACCACUGUGAGGCAUUGCAUGUGUGCUGUCACUAAACCAGGUGCUCUUCAACAUUUAAAAGAAAAGAAUCAGAACCAAAGUUGCAUCAACACAGGGAAGGAAACUGACCAUAAAAUUGCUUUUGCUUUUACGUCCUUUGCCGUCUCCAGCAGGAUAGCCGGGUUUUUUCUACUAAAAUUGACCAGCUGUUUUAGAGAGCAAUUUCAUCUUAUCCGAGUAAUCGUGCAUUGUUUCGUAACCAGAUGUACUCUCUCCAUAGCAAUUGUUAAGGUGGCUGAUGACUUCCACUUAAAGUCAACCAAGACUAGGUGCUUGUAAAUCUAUAACGUCUCAUAGUUUACUGCACUUCAGUAAAUUUUGAAGUGUAUAUAAUAGUAGUGUGUGUAUAAAAUAAACUGAAAAAUAAAACCCAAGCAAUAUGAAGCAAAUGAAACUAGGUUUUAAUGACAAUAUUCUGCCUAAUUGAGAGAUACUAGAUAGAAGAUCCAGGAGCUAGCUUGGAGACCUGAAUGUAAUUGCUAAAUGUUACAACAGAAGACAGUUUAUCUGUUAGACUAUGAAAAACUGGCUUAUCUAAGGCAGUGAGUGGGUGGUAUAAUAUGCAUGUAAAUAAAUAUUAAUAUUUGUCAUACACCGAGGGAGGGUAUGCCUUUAAAAC